GGAAAUCAGCCGGAGGAGGUGACAGAUGAUAGCAGAGAAGCUGAUGGGGAAUCCGAGGAGACGGAGAUGGAGAGUAAAGACUCUGAGAGAACUAAAUGUCAAGAUGAAAACUCACUGCAUGGAAAACUGACGGAGGAGGAAUUAGAUCCUAGAAUCCAGGAGGAACUGGAGCGUCUGAAUGAGGCCAGUGAGGAGAUCAACAAGAUGGAACUGGAACUGCAAGAGGUUCGGUCCAGCCAUAGGAGGAUGAUGAGUGAAUCUGUGCUUAAACUCAAGACGAAAAGUUCAGAACUGGGGUCCUGCAUCGAGAAGGCCAGGCCUUACUAUGAGGCACGAAGAAAAGCAAAAGAGGCCCAGCAGGAGACCCAGACAGCAGCGCUCAGCUUUGAGAGAGCGGUGUCCAUGCACUUGGCUGCUCGAGAGAUGGUCCACGUGGCUGAACAGGGCCUCACUGCAGUCAAGACGCUGGAUCCAACCUGGCAAGAGAUGUUGAAUCAUGCUACCUCAAAGGUGAACGAGGCAGAGGAGGAGCGCAUGAAGAGUGAACGGGAGCACAUGCAUGCCACCCAGCUGUGUCAGGAGGCCGAAGCCCGCGUGCAGGAGCUGCAGAAGUCACUGAAGAGAGCCAUCGUCAAGUCCAAGUCUUACUUUGAGCUCAAGGCUAAGUUCAAUGACAUUCUAGAGGUAUGUUGAGCUGUUGUUACAUUUGCCUAGUGUUGGUGUAUGAAAAAUGGAUACUUGCUAAAAUUUAAGGAAUAGGUUAACCAAAAAUGAAAAUCCUGUCAUCAUUUACACACCCUCAAGUCGUUCCAAAAUCCAUGUCAUGUUCCAGCAAAGAUGUAUAAAGCAAAUCAUGUUCCAUAGAAUGAACAUGAAUGCGGACAGACAUUGCCGAGCUCUGAAAAUCAGGGUCCCUGCAGGUUCUUAAAAAGUAUUAAAUUCAGUUUGAUCGUUUUAAGUUUAAAUUUGAUUGUCUUAAAUGGUGUAAGAAAAUGUUAAUUAUCCUUUUAAAAGGU